AAUUUGGUACAAAAUGGAGAUGAGAAAAACGACUGCAAUUUAUGUGUUUAUAAAGAAUUACUAAUAUUAAUUAUUAAUUAACACAACAAAUUAGUGAAGUAAACAAUAAAUUUAUAAAGGUACUGAAGUGCAUUCCACAACAAAUAGCAAAAAAUCUCGAAAUUUACUGUUGGCACUCACGAAAUUGCUGCCUCCUCAAUAAAGCUGAGUAGCAAAUCAACAAGCUAACAGAGAGUUGUGCUCGCUCAUAAUUAUAGCUUGUGGAGGCAAAUAUGUAGCUCCAAUAGCAUUGCGUGCGUUUGUGGUCAAAGCUAUGUUGGUUUUGAAGACGUGCCGGUAAGGUUGGACGAUUAGUCACAUUUUGAUUUUCUCCGCGAGCAGUUCUGUUGGGAACGCGUUAUCGCGCUAAAUGAACUGUUGUUGUAGUAAAUGUAUAUAGGUAUAAAGCAGGUGUAAUCAGAACGAUUCGCGCAUUGUGUCAAACGUGAUAAGUGACUUAGCGUUGGAGGGAAAUUAAGAGUUUAACACAACAAUUAAAUGAACUGUUAUGACUUGACAUAAACGUGGUUGUUAUAAGCAAUUAUACAUUCAAAAUUAAUUACAAAUACGUAUAAAAAGCAUAAAAGUGGGCAACAAGUGCCACAAAAGCACACAACAACAACGCAACAACAUUAAACCCUAGAGUAUUUGCUUGCGAUACAAGCUCUUCAAAAACCUACAAAAUUAUUGGUACCAUCUCCACUGUGUCGAAUUAAAUUUAAAAUUUAUUAAAUACAUAACCAAAUGAAGUCCCCAAAAGCCACAUUUAUUGUAUAAACAUAGCCCUACAUCUGCUUCUCACUUGCAACGCACUGAACUGAGCCGUCCAAAAUGCUGGCCUGCAUUAUUAUUAUUUUUCUGAUAUUAUUCUGUGGCUUUUAUUUCGCCAAAACUUCCAAGGAGAUGCCACGGAAUUGGUAUGAGCUGAAAACGGAGCUGCGCUAUCAAUACAUUGGCCUAGUCGGCCUCAUACACGAUUUCACAUAUCGAUCACGCGAUCGCGUUGCGCUUUAUAAGCAACCUGGGCGAGUAGCUGUUAUAACGGGUGGCAACCGUGGCAUUGGAUUGCGCAUUGUGGAGAAACUGUUGGCCUGUGAUAUAACUGUUAUAAUGGGUGUACGUGAUCCCGCCAGCGCCGAAGCUGCAGUCGCUUCCGUUGUCGACCUCACCACAAGCGGCGGCAAGCUAAUAUGUGAGUCACUCGAUAUCGGCGAACUGGCGUCUGUUAAGGAAUUCGCCGAAAAAGUUAAGGCGCGCUACAACAAAGUGGAUUUGCUAAUUAACAAUGCUGGCAUCAUGUUUGCGCCCUUCAAGCUGACCGCUGUAGGCUUCGAAUCUCACUUUGCCAUCAAUUAUUUGGGCCACUUCUUGCUCACACAUCUGCUGUUGCCCGAGCUGAAGGCCGCCGGCAAGGAAGGCAAAAAUGCGCGCAUCGUCAACAUUUCCUCCUGCGUGAAUCUGAUUGGACGCAUCAAUUACAAUGACAUCAAUGGACUGAAAAACUACUACCCGGGCACUGCCUACAGUCAAUCGAAGUUGGCACAAAUCCUCGCCACACGUCAUCUGCAAACCCUCUUGAACGCACAGUCGGCGCAUGUGCAGGUGAAUGCUGUGCAUCCGGGUAUUGUGGACACCGAUCUGUUCGAGCAUAGCGCCACCACUUAUGUGCCGUUCGUGAAGAAGCUGUUGUUCAAGAAUCCCGAGCAAGGUUCACGCACCGUCGUGUUUGCCGCCAUCGAUCCCAAGCAAGAGGGAAAAGGUGGCACCUACUUGAGCAACGGUGGACUGGGACAAAUGCAUAGAGAUGCCAAAGAUCCAGCCAAAUGUGAGAAAUUGUUUAAAUACUCUUGUGAACUGUUGAAAAUCGACGAAUUCGGCAAUGGAAAGAUUUGAUGUGUAAAAUUUAAGCGUUGAUAUAGCUUAUCUGCCACCGGAUUUUCCCACUUAAAACGAGCGUACAUUCUUCUCUUACAAUAUUUUUAAGCCACACGUUUACUGUAUGUCGGUUAUAACUGUUUCAGGUCAUAACCAGUUACAAUUUAGAUUUCGUCACUUUUGUAUCCUAUAUAGAAUUUUGUAUACAUUUUUUUAUAAAAUACGUUUUGCCUUUAAAAGCAAUAACCACACACCUAUUUCUAUCUUAUUUAUAUUUUUAUAAAGUAGCCAUGAUCCAAACACAAAUAUCACUUAUAUUAAUCUGUAUUAGCUGUAGUAAGAAGCAUUUAAAUGGAAAUGUAUUGAAUGCUGAUAGUUAAAACCACAACUGUAUUUAUUUACAUCGGUGAAUAAACUUAAUUUUUUUAUAUGAAA